AAUUCACUUCCGGGUUGUUUCUCCUCAAGGCUCAAAUUGUUCCAGUUUCUAAUUCAAUAUUUCUCCUCAAUAAGAGCGUUUACGUGACAGGAAAAUGGCAGGAGUCGUUGUUUAUAUGAGCACAGUUUCAUCCAAUAUGGCGAUAAAACAACAACAAACAAAGAUCAAGAAUAUUCUAGAAAGCAAAAAAGUACCAUAUACCGAGGUUGAUAUUAGCGCAUCUGAAGAUGACAAGAAAAAAAUGAGAGCAAUAGCUGAAAAUGAAACGGCCUUACCGCCGCAGAUUGCAAAUGGUGAUAGUUAUUGCGGGAAUUUUGAAGCAUUUGAUGAGGCAGUCGAGUGUGAAGUAUUGGAAAAAUUUCUGAAACUUUAGAAAUAGUCAGAUAUUGGAAGUAUCGUGUACAGCUGCUCCCAUCUAUGUCAUAGCUCAACAAAAUCUUUCAUGAGAGGAAUAUGACCAAAAUUAUGUUAAAACUGGAUCACACAUCCUAAGAUUGAGCGAGGUGACAAGGCACACUACAGAUCCACAGAAAAUACACCAUUCCGCAAGAUAUCCAUUCCAUCAGGAAAAUUGGAUCUGAUUGAAAUAGCCUAAUAGCCUAAUGUACAAAGUACACCUUGAAAUGUAAUAUUAAAUCUUUGAGCACUAGCCAGUAGGCCCUCACUGCACUCCGCUUACCGUAUUUUCCGGAUUAUCCCCCGCACUGCCCUAUGACCCGCACCCCCUUUGACCAUUACCUAAAGCCACGCAAGACCCGCACCUGAUUAUGACCCGCACUGCUCCAAGACCCGCAUUCUCCAAAAAUAGUAAGCCAUUCAUUGAUGUUGACAUCCUAGAACCGCCAUGUUUUUUUUAAUUGUUAACCAAAGUGGAUCAAUUCCAGCAUGGCCGUAACUAUUUUCCCUAGCGGAGACAUCACAAACUAUGCGAUCAUGGCGGAAAUAUUGGUUGAAAACAAUGCGAAAACGAUGGACAUAAAUCCUUAUCAAGUAACCAGUUUGGUCCCCUUUUUUUUCUUUGGGGUUGGGGCUUAUCCCUCUCAGAAUCCACGCAAGACCCGCACCUUUGUAUUACCCGCACCCCCACUUUUUGGGCCUGUUUGAGGGCAAAAAGCCGCGGGUCAUACGCCGGAAAAUACGGUACUUUACCUUCAGUCCUCUGUGGAACCAUCAAGGGUAACAUAAGUUUAAAGACAUUGUCGUCUACGUCUGUCACAUGCAGGUCUGAAUCCUUGGGACCAAAGAUGACAACGCCAAGUACAGGACACUAUUAUGCUUGAUUACACUGUACGUGCAUACUCGCUCAAACAUAAAGAUUUGCUUCGAUCAUGGUGACAUUUUAUAGCGUGCUGCAUUUGCAUGAAAUAGCUUUUGCUCGGAAACCCUUUGCUUGUGGCUCCUGUAAUGACUCUAAGUCAGUGUGAUGCUUGGGUUUCCCACCUAGUAGAGUUGCACCUAGUAGAAUGCACAGUAACAUCUACAAAUUGCCAGUAACAUUAAGAAGUUUGAUUGAGAUCCGGAUAUUUUUGGCAAAACAAAAUAUGCGAUACCUCUGUCAUCCAAAUUAGUCAAUUUUUUGUGUAAUUCCAAUAUUGUUCUUCAUGUGUUUUGUAAGUCCAAGUCUUCCACUGUUCAGAUUUUUGUAUGCAAACCACAACAUUUCACAAGAGUGUAGCAUUUCUGUCAUGAUGAGGUCUAAGUUAUUGACACGUGGACAGUAGUCUUUACUUCAUUGUUUAUUUCUUGAGAUUAAAUUGGUAGUGUUGAUACCACAGGUUGGGGACAGGAUAGAUAUAUAGUCAUUCAUGGUGACAGAUGUAACCCAUUGUCAUAGUUGUAGUGAUCAUGGUGAUAGGGGUGGUAUUUAGUCUACCUAGGCAACCAGCUUUCAGUGCCCAUUUUCUUAUAGAAUUAUCACCGGUCCAACAAAAGCCUGAAAGGGCAGGCACAGUGCAUUGAGUAGUGCUUACCUGGAAAUCAUAUUUCAUUUCGAUUUUAACAGACUAUGCAAGAAUUCCCCUCUAAUUUUGUGUCAGUUUUUAAGAGUUCUUGUAACAUUGCAAAUUUCGAUAACUGACAUUCCAACUUCUGUGUUCAAUUCAGUUCUGUUUUGUACAUUCCUUCCUGUCUGAUUUGUCUACACAGGGUGUGUCAAAGUCAUUGCUGUAAGAUCAGUGUUCUAUUGCUUGUACUUGAAGUGGUAUUCAUGGGAUGAGGUAAGAUUGUACAGUUAUAACCCAGCACAAUUCCGAGGGCUAUCAUUGUACCACUUUACCUUACAUAACAUUCCUGUUUAGUUUAAAUUUGUACAAAUCCUCAAGAAAAAGUGUUGUAUUUUUGUUUCGCUGGGAUGUGCUUUCAUGUAAUAUCUUGUUUAAUAGGAGACAAAGAGUAAGACACUCGAAGAGGAAUAAGCGCUUUCAAAAAAUUAGGGAAAGUGGUACAUUUAAACUUUUUAUAAUGUACACAACACUAAAUGUGCAUUUCAAGUGGGACAGCUGCACUGAAUGCACAGAACAGCUGCACUGUAAUGUCCACAGAAAGUGUGUGACGGUGUCAUCAUGCCAGCUGAUCCAAAUGAGCACUCGUCCUGGGUGUGAAAACGUACAUGAAAAUCUACCCUUUUUGGGACACCCUUUUUUCCGUUCAUAAUGAGAAAUAUCGAACACAAAAUCAUAAUGAACAACUCUGAAUCUCAUAUUUUUGUUUACUGUUGUAAAGUUUUGAUUGGUGAGUAUCAAGUUUUGACCAACUCUAAUUUCUGUAUCUUGUACUGUAUUCAGGUUUGUGAUUUUAUGGUGCUAUGACCUAUCGUAAUCUAUAAAUUUCUGUACGACUGUACUUGGUUCCUUUUUCCCAGGUGUUUCAUUUUUGCAGUAUUGCAAAUAACUUUGACCUGUAGAAAUGAAAAUCAUAAAAAAUUGGAGAAACCGAAAGAAAAUUGUGCUGAACGCUUGCAAUUGUGAAUGAAUAUGAAUGAAUAAGACUAUUAACUUUAGAUAUUAUGUACUGUAACUGUGUUCAACUACCACUUGAGAAUUCUUCAUAAAAGCUUACUAAAUGCCUCUACACACAGUUUCCACCAGGAUUCGGUUUGAGGGUACCCGUGGGUUGUCCUCACUAGAGACGUUAUUCUGUAUUUGCAUAUCUAUGUACUUUUCUAUGCCUGUUGUCUAAGAUUAAGUCAAUGUGAUAAAUUUUUUUCCAAGACUUGCCGCAAUCAUUGUCUUCACUGGCUAUCUUGAACGUGUUCAGCCAACAUGGCUAAAAUAUCUCCACCUAUUGGCCUACGCCAUAAAAAUAAAUCAAAGAAAAAUAAGUUUUUCUUUGAUUCUUUGAUUUGAGAAAUCAGUAUCAGGACUACUCCGAGUCAUUUACACCAUCAUACAAUGCACCUGGGUGACUCAAAAACCUUUUAAAAUGCAUUGAAAGUUCAUGAAACUGUGACAGUGUGGCUUUUUAAGAAGCAUCACACAGCAAAAUUGACUUCCGUUUGAAAAACUUGAUAAAAUGCCAAUAGGUCCAGCACAAUUCAUCAAAAGCCAGGGAAAACCUUGCCAGAAUAAAACAUUCUAACCCAGUAAAGGCAACUGAACAUCAAAUAAAGGUACAUUUCUACUUAAGAUUUGUCAAAAUCCUUUUCUAUCUAUCGAUAUGUUACAUGACUCUUAGUAUCUUUUAGUGUUGUGUAGUGCAGGGGUUGGGUGUUGUCAAGAAGGAAUAAGGUGUUACGUCUCGUCUUGGCAUAGCAUAUAUAACUCCACCCACUUUAUUAUGUGUGUAUACAUUUCUUUACCACGUAGUUAUUAUAUUUUAAGUUCUGGGGUCAGUUUUUAUAUUGAUUGUAAUACACGUAGCUUUGCUAUCUAUUGGCAGCCUCAAGAAAAUUGCAUGUGGACACAACUCGAAUGUGCACAUCAGUGUUAAAAGGGCCUCUUUUCUGAUCGACCACUUAGUGAUGGAAUUCUGCUUUGGGGACGGGAAAAAAGGUUCGUGACGUAACAACAGUCACCACCAGGGGGUUGACUUUUAAAAUAUCUUGGCAUUUGUCUGGAAGGAGGCUAAUUGGGCUGAGGAGGAUCACCUCUGGUACUAACUUGGUCUAUAUUGAAUUUAAUCAUUUAAUUUGGUGGCAUGCGGUGUAAUUGAAUACCAGAUAGUAUAGGGUAUGGUUUUCUUCUGCAGAAGCCUACAUGGGUGGAGUCCAUUUUCUCCAUCUUUAGUUCUGUAGGGGCCCUUUUAGCCUCUACUUUGAAACAAAAUUUGGCUUUCACAUUCUUAGCGAGAUAAAAGCCAUACAAUUGGCUGAAAGAUCAAGACCAAUAGACACAAAUUGGGAAUAGAUUAAUAAUGCAAGAGAAACAACUCCUACUGUAACAUUUUAUUCUUAAAAGAAUACGGGAUUUCUAUACCAUGUAUGCCACAUGUAUAUUUUGUCUUUUCUUUAAACAUUUGUUGUAUGGACGAAUGGUUAAUAUAUUAAAAAUAUUUUGUAAUUU